CUCUAGCUGGCUGGGUCUUGUUUAUAGCAAUUUUCACCCUCCCAGAGGGCCUGUUCCUGUCUGCAGAGGCCACAUUCCUUUCCUUUCUUCAUUCCCAGCAGCUGUGUCCUGGAAUAGUUGGCCUCCACAGCACUCUAGUUUAGCUGCAUCUGCCUGCUUCCUCCGAGUCCACUGCCUGCAAGAGCUCAUACUUCCUAGGCCGCCCAGCACCUUCUCUAGGCCGCCAGGCACUGGCCUGCUGUGCCCCACAAGUAUGGUGAUCACUGGAAGAGAAGGGCCACAAAGCCAGCCAGGAAAAACAUUUGAUUAAACAUUGAGCAGGAAAAGAGAAUGGAAGGAUUUCCAAAGCACGGAUAUGGAACUAUGGAUAAAGGAAGUGUAGAAAAUAACCAGUUUGCAUCAUCGUCCUCACUGAGGCUCAUCCUGGUGGGCAAAACCGGCUGCGGGAAAAGUGCCACUGGAAACAGCAUCCUCUGCCAGGCUAAGUUUGAGUCCAAACUGAGUCCCCAGACCGUGACCAGGAAGUGCCAGGGGGCCACAGGCACGUGGAAUGGUAGGGAAAUCUGGGUGGUUGACACACCCUCCAUCUUUGAUGAAAAGUCCCCAGACCAAGAGAUGUACAAGAACAUCGGGGACUGCUACCUGCUCUCAGCCCCAGGGCCCCACGUGCUGCUGCUGGUGACACAGCUGGGGCGCUUCACUGACCAGGACACAAAGGCAGUGAAAAGGGUGAAGGAGGUCUUUGGGCCAGGUGCCAUGAGAUAUGUGGUGGUCCUCUUCACCCACAAGGAGGACUUACAGGGUGAAUCCUUGGAUGAGUAUAUAGUCAAUACGGACAACUACAGGCUGAGGAGCCUGAUCCAGAAGUGUGGGAGGAGGUACUGUGGCUUCAACAACCGGGCCACCGGGGAGGAGCAGAGGGAGCAGCUGGAGGAGCUGAUGGCUGUGAUCGAGAGCCUGGAGAGAGAGCACGAGGGCACCUUCUACAGUAACGACCUCUACUUUGAUGCACAGAUGCUCCUGAGAGGGGAAGGUGGCACCUGUGAAGAGCGCAGGAUCUACCUGUUAAAGGUGCGAGCACAUGUUGAAGAGACCCAGAGUCACAGGUUGUCCAAGGUGCUCCUCAGAGUCAAAAACUGGGUGCUUUCUAACCUUGGGUUAUCUGUUUUCCUUGGGAUAUGCACUCUGACUUUUUUUACCCUUUUAAUUAGCUUGUGUGUUACUAAAGAACGCUAAGCACUUUCAGCUGACUUCUAUCAAUACAAUUGGCUUCUUUUUUUUUUCCCCAGACUCACUAUCUCUGUCUAUGCUUGUAAGAAACUUAUUCGCUUUUUGCUUAAGUUCAGUUAUAAUUUUUCUUCCUUGCAUUAGACAUGUCAUUAAUGUUCUCCUAGUGCUUCUAGAUAAAUAAAAUCCAAAGAAAAAAUACUUUUUUGUUUUGUUAAAAAUCAUGGAAGUAAAUAAUAACUUAGCUAGAUACAAUCCUGGAAUCUUUGGGAGGGUUUUGUACGAAGGAAGGUGAGUCGACUGUGAUAUUACACAUUGAGGAAAGAUAUACAUUAUAUUAGAAGCUGGAUGUAGAAUUCCUUAUAUUAUUCAGAAAUGUGCUCUGAUUUCAUCAUAGGCUGAAAGGGAUGACACCCAUCCCCAUCCCCAUCUGAGAGAGGAUGUUCUGGGGGGAAUUUUGGAGGCAUGAGGGGGCUGGGGAGGAAGGUGGGAGGGGACAUGGACAUGUGAGGAGAAGAGAAAAUGGCCACAGAGGUGGGAUGGGGUGUGGACUUGAGGAAAGCAGAGACAGUGGUUGGGGG